ACAUCUGAGCAGCAAAGAGGUACUCAGGGGGAGACUCUUAGGCACCAUUAGAUGCAAGUUUAGACUCUCCUUUGUGGUAAUGAGCUUCAUAGGGGCAAGUCCCAUGCUCGUAGAUCUCAAAUUUUAUAGUGAAAAACAUUUUGGGAGAAUUUGUUUACAAGCUUAUACUCACAGACUUGAAUUCAUGUAAAUUUGGUGCUGUUACUUGGCAUAGCUUUGCCUUGGCUUAAUAUUGGAAUGGAUUACAGUGUAACUAUAGCAUUUAUAUUGGUUUAUGUGUUUAUUUUAAAGGGUAUUAAGUACUAAGCAUAUAUUGUUUUCGAAUUUUUUUAUUUCACCUGUGUAGUGUACUGGUAGCUGUACUAAAAGACACUACAGUUAUUUCUUGCUUUAGGAAUGGUUUGUGUUCUGCAACGAAGUUCACACAUAUAUAACACCCGUUUUCUGAAGAAUAAGAAAUAGUCGUUGUGGAAAACUAACACAGAAAAGGAAGGUGACUCUUAAGAUUGCUUUUAUUGUGUACACUAUUGUGCUUUUGUAGUAUUCAUUGUUAGUUAGCUCUCCACCCUUUUUAUUCUUUUUGGCUGUGUUCUUCAGCCACCAGCAAAGGUACCUUGAUAAUAAAGAGUAAUUAAAGAAGCAAAUAAACAAAAACCGUUCGAACAGAUUGUGCUUUGAGAGAAUUUUCUGUCUGGCUUCUGGUUUAUAAUAGGUAAAAUAGACAGGAGGCUUAUUUAAGAUUUCUGUUAAAAUUUGUGCUGUGAUUUGGUUGUCAUUAUCUCCUCAUUUCAACUAGGCAGGUGGUUGGAUCCAGGGACAGGUUACUGAGGAAUUUUACUAACGAGUUUUACAAGCAGAUUAAGUGAAGUCUAGUGAAACAGGACAGCAUUUAAUUUGUUUUCUAUUUUCAAUUUUGAUUCAGUUUACAAAUCCUGAAUCAUUUCAUGAAUUUAUUUGAAAAAAAGUUGAAAUUAUUUUUCAUAAUGAAGACAAGUAACAAAGUGGAAAUGGAUUAUCUAACAUUUGUCCAUAAAAGACUAUUGUAGCAUGGUUUUCUAAAGCACAGCUUAGUAAUGUAUUUAUUUGAUAACGUCUUUUGAGAAAUAAGUUACUUAAAAAUGUUAACUAUUAGUGUGAUUUUCUGUGUGAAGACUAUUAAACACCAGUUAUUACAAUGAGAUGCUAAGUUUUUGGUGUAUAGUAAAAAUAUUUCUGAAAUAUUUAAUGUUUAUUUUGUACUUUGUAGUUUGUUUUUAGGUUAGGUUUACUGAUGGUUAUUGAUUUACCUUUCUAGGUGAGUCAGAAUUGGGAAGUGAAGAGAAGUGUUCUCUGUGAAGAAAAUUAUGCAGAUUUAGAAUUCCCUGAGUUUCAAAAAGGGAAUGGCAGACAAUCUGUGUGUGAGGCAACAAAGGUUAGGUAAUUGGGCACCUUCAAUAAUAAAAAGUAAGGCUUCUAAAUAUGCUGAUGUCUUUGGAAAAGAUGCUUUGUCACCCAAUUAAAAGGAAAAUUGCGUUUUUUUCUAAUGACUUGCUACUCCAGAAUUGGGGUUUAAAAUUUAAAUUUUAAGAUGUUCUGAGUUAGUGUGUUUACAUUAAUUCUGGAAAAGUAAUUUUCAAUAACUAUUAAAGUUAUGUUGAUGAGGAGAGUCUUGAAAGUUUAAAAACUGCAGAUAUAUUUGGACCAUAAAAUUUUAUGUACUGAAGACAGAUUAUGUCACAUAAACAUUUUGAAUAAAUUUUGUGUUUAAAGUUAGAUUUUAGUUUAUAUCUUAGUAAAAUUAAUUAAUUAAAGGUUUAUGGUAUCUCAGAAAGCAAAGGCUGUGGUAAUGCUUUUGGAUAAUCUUCCAUCUACUGCUAUUCAGCAGCAGCUUAAAUGAAUGUUAAGCCAGAGAAUGUUUUACAGAAGCGUAAGCCAAAGAGGAAAAUGUCUUAUCAGUUUAAUGAACCAAUCAGUGAGGCUUAGUUACAAGCAAAUUAGCCAUUCUUUUUUUUUUUUAAGUGCUGAAUAUGCUGCUUUUACAGUGUUUAAAUGAAUGAAAAAGGCUAAAUUGCUAUCAUUCCUACUCCAGAAAUCUGUCCAGGAAUUUAGACGGUGUCUGGGAUGUGGUGAAAGAAUUAUUAUAAAGGUAGCUAGAUGGGAAAGGUUGGCAUUCAACAGAAAGCUAUUUAUAUAUUUCAUAUUUCAUCUGAAAAAAUAGGCCUAGAGAAUAACUUUUUUGACAUUAAACUUGAAGUAGAGGAAAACUUAGGUUAUCAAAAGAAAUGCAUCAUAGUUGUAUAACACAAAAGAAAAUUGGUGUGAAAUUGAAAUAAUUACACUGAUAAUCAAGGCUUAAAUGGACAAGGAAACCAAACUGUCCAUCCUAAUGUGUUCAGAAGUGCCUCAUAUCUGUCAAAUCACUUAAGCUAAAAUGUUUUGAUACAUAAUUAGUUAUAGAUAAUAUAUACUCUAUUACCAAUAAAUACUCAUUAGCCUGUGCAGACUAGUAUACUGUGAGUACAGAUUUAGCUUUAUAGUUAACUACAAUUAUUUGCAAAAUACAAAGGGUGACUUUUUUCCCCUUGUUAUAAAAUAAUCUUUGCUCUUUAAUCAUUUGCAUGGAAUUUUUUUUAAAUCACUUCUGAAUUAUUUGAUUUGGAAAGUUUUGAUUUACAUAGGAUAUCAGAAAGGGGAGCACAGUAUACAUAAGUGCAUAAAAUAUGCAAAAACUAUGAACAAAAGGUGAGAUCAAAGAUAAAGGCCAUCAUAUUAAUUUUGUAGCUUCUUCUAUGUUAUGACAUUUCGGGAUAACAUGGCAUUUUGAAAUGGCACCGUUGUAAAAAUACAUAAAUAUAUAGGGAAAUUGUAAGAAUUUCAUGCUUUUCCCUUUUUUUUUCAGUAUGCUGAUUUGCCUUAGAGCAUAUCUUUCUGGUGAACUCAGUGAGCAAAGAUAAUGUUCAAACAAAAUUGGAAGUGGACAUUAGUAAUUUACUGAUUUUUAAACUUAUUUGACCCGUAGCAUGUUUCCUAUCAUGAAUGUGUCAGUUUAGAUAGAUGUGUGCAAAUACUUUAGCCUGGGGUGCUUUAUUUUAAUAACUGUAUCUUGAUUUCUUAACAUGGCUUAGUGAAAGCUUAUUUUUACAUCACUAAGAAUAUUCAGGUUAUAAAAUAGUGGAAACGUAACACUCAGGUGGGGGGAGUUAACAAAUCAUGUUAGAUUUAUGUUUGAAUUAAUUUAUAUUAAAAUUGUUCACUUAGGAAUUAGAAUGAAACAUGAAAGGGGAGGAGGGUGAAGAGUAUGGUAAAAACAUUUAGAGAAAUUCAGUAAAUUCUCUUUAAUUAUUAGAAUCUAGACAUUUGAACAAUUUUAAAGAUUAUAAAAUUGUUUUUUUUUUUUUUUUAAUAAACUAGUUAUUUGCACUUUACCUGCUGGCUUUUCUAUUUGGUAGAUAACAUUCUGAACCCAGCAGAGUUUUGUAAUCCCCACGUGCUUAAAUAUACUAAAUGUUCUUUUUCCAUUAAGGUUAAUGUUCGUGAAGAAAUUGAAGAGUUUUUUCCAAGAAUGUGGAAGAUAAAUCAAGAUAAAAGAAGGCUAAUGAAAAGUAUUAAAGAUCAGAAAAUUAAAAUUGAAUGGGGGAAAAAAUUGAACAGAAGAUUGGUCAGAUAGAAGCACUUGAAUAUUUUUUUUUAAGGCUAUUUUGAAUUGUUUGAAUUGGGGAAGAAUACACGAAGUAUGAAAAAUGAAAAACUCAAUGAAGAAUGAAGAGAAGUAGAAAGCAAGAGUGAAGUAGAAUUAAAAGAAUCUGGAAGAAUGAAUGGGUCCUAGGUUAAGUAAAUGAGUCUCGCUCUCAGUCAAAAUCUCCAACGGGAACUCCUGCUCGUGUAAAAUCGGAGAGCAGGUCAGGAUCUCGUAGUCCAUCAAGGGUUUCCAAACACUCUGAAUCUCAUUCUCGAUCGAGAUCAAAAUCCAGGAGACGAUCUCGAAGUAGAUCAUACACACCAGAAUACCGGCGUCGAAGGAGCCGAAGUCAUUCUCCAAUGUCUAACCGGAGACGACAUACAGGGAGCAGGGCGAAUCCUGAUCCCAACACUUGUCUUGGAGUAUUUGGCCUCAGUUUAUACACAACAGAAAGAGAUCUUCGUGAAGUAUUUUCUCGAUAUGGACCUUUGAGUGGUGUCAAUGUGGUUUAUGAUCAGCGAACCGGGCGAUCACGAGGAUUUGCUUUUGUUUAUUUUGAGAGAAUAGAUGACUCAAAAGAGGCUAUGGAAAGGGCAAAUGGAAUGGAGCUGGACGGUAGAAGAAUUCGUGUGGAUUAUUCUAUCACCAAGAGAGCGCAUACACCUACACCAGGGAUCUACAUGGGCAGACCAACUCAUAGUGGUGGUGGUGGCGGAGGUGGAGGUGGUGGCGGAGGUGGAGGUGGCGGCAGGCGGCGAGACUCUUACUAUGAUAGAGGAUAUGAUCGAGGGUACGACAGAUAUGAAGACUAUGAUUACCGAUAUAGGAGAAGAUCACCUUCUCCUUAUUAUAGUCGAUACAGAUCACGAUCAAGGUCUCGUUCCUACAGCCCAAGACGCUAUUGAUAAACUGAAUGUUGGAGUUGGACGUGUUUCUUUCUCCCUCUUUCUCUCUCUCUCUCUCUGUUUUGUUUUGUUUUGUUUUUAAUUCUGGAUUUCUCCAAGCUUUUAAUCCUUGCUACUCUUUAAAAAGAACCCUUUAAAAAAAUCUUUGGUUUAUUUAGCAUCUACACUUUGUCAAUGGUAUUGAUGUUUUCCAGUCUUUUUAUUAUAUCUUGAGAAUUAAUUGUCAUUUUGAGUAAACAUCUUGAGUAAAAAAGGAAACCCAGUGUUAAUGCUUUGUAAAUGAUUUUUCAUUGCUUUUACAGAAAAUUAACUUGUAAUCAAAUGAGGAAAGAAUUUGACCCUUUUAAAGCUUCUUUUGUGCUAGACGUAUUAGAAAUCUGCAUUUACAACAAACUUUCCUUCUUUAACUUUCUUUUGGGUAUGAUAGUAACACACAAAAUAGUUCAGUCAUGUCAAGUUUGGGUGGCAUGAACAAAUAGUUGAGUGUAGAAAAGUUUGAAGCUAUUAUAGAAGAAAACACUUGGUCAUUUCUUUUGAAGAAUGGAAUUUUUGAACCCUAAAAUUAAGUCUUUGUUUUUUAGAGAUGAAAAGCUUGUGGACUCCUCCAUGUUAUGUUGUAUUUUAAAUACAUCUGUUAAACCUUACAAACUUAUAAAGUGUGAUUUUUGUGUUAAACUUCUUGAAGUUUAUUCCCUUAAUCAGUGAAGGACAACCCUUAUUUAUUAACUAGAGCAAUUUGUUUAAUUUGCUGUUAGAAAUUUUCAUAUUGGGACAGUGGUUAAGCAGACUAUUGUAUAUUAUAAAGUCCUUAGAAGAUAGGUGUGGGGAAAAGUAUUCUCCUUUCAAAUAAAAGUUAAUUUCUUUGAAAA